GCUGGAAAUCUGUCCCAAUCUGGCAACACUGGUCCGUGACUCGUACACAGACAAGAUGGCGGCUUCACUGGAGGAUGAAUUCGAAGACGCUCCCGACAUAGAAGCACUGGACCCGACAUUGAAGAACAUCAUCGAGCAGAAGUCCUUAAAAUGGAUCUUCGUCGGCGGGAAGGGCGGCGUGGGGAAGACGACGUGCAGCUGCAGUCUGGCCGUCCAGCUGGCCGCCGUGAGGGAGAGCGUCCUCAUCAUCUCUACAGACCCGGCGCACAACAUCUCGGACGCCUUCGACCAGAAGUUCUCUAAAGUGCCCACGAAGGUUAAGGGUUAUGAGAACCUCUUCGCGAUGGAAAUCGACCCCAGUCUGGGCGUGGCGGAGCUGCCCGAUGAGUUCUUUGAGGAGGACAACAUGCUCAGCAUGGGCAAGAAGAUGAUGCAGGAGGCCAUGAGCGCCUUCCCCGGCAUCGACGAGGCCAUGAGCUACGCCGAGGUCAUGAGGUUAGUGAAGGGGAUGAACUUCUCGGUGGUGGUGUUCGACACCGCCCCCACCGGACACACCCUGCGCCUGCUCAACUUCCCCACCAUCGUGGAGCGCGGCCUGGGCCGCCUCAUGCAGAUCAAGAACCAGAUCAGCCCCUUCAUCUCCCAGAUGUGUAACAUGCUGGGUCUGGGGGACAUGAAUGCCGACCAGCUGGCCUCCAAGCUGGAGGAGACGCUGCCCGUCAUCCGCUCCGUCAGCGAGCAGUUCAAGGACCCGGAGCAGACCACCUUCAUCUGCGUGUGCAUCGCAGAGUUCCUGUCUCUGUACGAGACCGAGAGGCUGAUCCAGGAGCUCGCCAAGUGCCAGAUCGACACGCACAACAUCAUCGUCAACCAGCUGGUGUUCCCCGACGGAGACCGGCCCUGCAAGAUGUGUGAGGCGCGCCACAAGAUCCAGUCCAAGUACCUGGACCAGAUGGAGGACCUGUACGAGGACUUCCACAUAGUGAAGCUGCCCCUCCUGCCCCACGAGGUGCGCGGCUCAGAGAAGGUCAACACCUUCUCCAAGCAGCUCCUGGAGCCGUACAAACCCCCCAACAAGUGAUCCCCGGACCCGACAGGACAGCACACGACC